GUAGACUUCGCACACGCGGCCGCCCUGGGGGUGGUGACUCGCUCGUGACUUUCUCGCUCUGCUGCUAAGCCGGGGCGGGGAUGGGCGGCGCUUUACGGCCGGCAGGAGAUGCCGUAAAGCGUGCGCGGCUGGCUUUGCGGCAGGGCAGGUGGUGAGGGUGAUUAGAUUGCUUGUGAAAGGUGCCUGACAACUGAGGAGACUGAAGUCCUCGCUCCACAGAAAAGGUAGAGGCGGCACCAGCAGUGCAAACACACCACCAAUGGGCUUCAACUUCAUCCUGGAGGCACUAGCUCAGCUGAGAAGAGGGUAAAUAAUCACAAGAAUUAAGUGGCUAUGUUCAAUGAAAUAUGAAAAAUGGCUAAUCCUUUAAGAGGUGAAGUGCUGAAUCUUUACAAAAAUCUGCUGUACCUUGGAAGGGAAUAUCCCAAAGGAGCAGACUACUUUAGAAGCCGUUUGAAGGCAGCUUUCCUAAAAAAUAAGGAUGUGAAAGAUCCAGAAAAAAUUAAGCAACUAAUUAGUCGUGGAGAAUUUGUUAUAAAAGAGCUAGAGGCCUUGUAUUAUCUCAGAAAGUACAGGGCUAUGAAACAGCGCUACUAUGAGGACGACAAUAAGAAUAAGUGAUGUGUAAUAUUGUUGACCCUGUGCUUGUAACAAUGCAGGUGUUUCGGUUCUAUAAAUGUAGCAACAAACACACACGUUGUCACUCAGCAAUCUUCACUGGUUUUGGAAACCUUUUCAUUUUUGGAAGUUGCCAGGUUAGUGUGGUUUUUUUUAACAUACACAUUUUCAUUUGCUACACAAGAAAGUGAGGCCCAAUUCUCCACUGCAUUGUUCUUUAUGAAUUUCACACAUACAAAGUGGACGUAAAAUACUGCUAUACCAGAGUAAUAAGCCACACACCUGCAGAAGUGGGUCCAGAAAUCAAACCCUAAAGGUAAAAACAAAGACUACUACCACUGGAGCUAAAAAGUUCUUUAUCAUCAGCUAUAGACCCUUACAUCCUAAAUUGCAAGACGCAAAUAAAGGGCAACAUGCACACUGUAAGUUCCUCCUCCCACUGAAGGCAACAGCUAAAAGUCCUCCCAUUGAUACCAAUAGCAGUAGACUGGGCCCCUUAAAAAAAAGUAACUGUAAUUAAGCACAGAGUUUUAUUCAAAUAUAGUAGUGUAUAUGUUUGAGUAGAUUUAGCUAUAGGGAAAGUUUGAAGGAUACGCCAUUUAAAGAGAUCUAUAUCUAAAAGCAAAUAGUUCCUUCAAACAAAUGUGCAUUUACAAUACAUCAUAACAGCUUCAGUCCCUGCAUACGUCUAUGAGAGGAUCAUUAACUGAAUAGAAUCCUAGUCAGUCUGUACUUUACCAAUUCACACAAACAUUGGCCAUUUCUCCCUGCCUCUCAGGGUUUUCACAGCGGAGUGCUCUAAUGAUGUUUCAGCAUACUUAAGUACAUUUACUAGUACACCAUGAACUAUUCGAAAUACAAAUAAACUGUAAUGGUCAAAAUAAAGUGAACAUAGUAUAUUGUGUCAUGCAGUACCCUGUUUUUUUAAAUGUUCUCUUCUUAAAAAAUUAGAAAUCAAACAAUCUCAUUAAUUAGUGAAAAUUAGUACUGUUCUGCUGUAAAACUCGGUCAGAUGUUAAUAUCUGACUUACAACUUUGAAAGACAGUCAGAAUAAUGGCACAAUAUGAAUCCAUAAUAACCGGUAUCUAAAUAAGAUACAAUGGUGCUGUAACUGGAUAUGCAAUUUUAAAAACAUACAUACUGCAGUAUUAAGUCUCCAUUAACGAACAGAGCAAAAAAUGUAUUACAGUUCGCUGCAAAGGGCCAAAGUCUCAUGACUAGAGUACAGGAUUGGCACCAAGAGCUCUACAUGCCAUUUUCCCACAAGCUGCACCCAUGAGCCUGAGCAAGAUGACACUCAGUGCCUCAGUUUCCCCAUCAGUAAAAUAUAAGGUAUACCAUCUUCCUCACAAAGGACGUCAUUAACAUUUGUAGAGUGGUCUAAGAUCAUCAGGUGAAAAGUGCUAAAUGCAAAGUGUAACAGAACACUGAAACUUCCACAAAAAGAUUCCACCCACUUUCUUUUAAGCUAUUGUUAAAAUAAAUGCACAGAAAUUAACCCAUAAAAAGCUAUAUUCAAACAAUAUUAAGGACCUUAACCUCAAAGAAAGUAAGGAGAUUCACAGUUAAUGCUGAAAUUCAUUCUACUGUGCCUACUGCAGGUAUUGCAAAACAGGAUAAUUUUACAUAGUGUGUAUUACAAAACCUGUACACUAGGGGGAGACUUAAGUAUGGCAUUUCAGCUUACAGUAUUGAAUCCUUUGUUUUGCAGAUCAAAUCUUAAACAGUUCGGAGAAUAUUUGCAUUCUACUGGUUUUGGUUCUGCUGUAAAUUCUGUUUAACGCAUCUACUGGCUGAUAAUUGGGCACAUUGUAUCAAGACUCUUUUAAAGGUGAAAAGAAAAUAAAGAACCUUACAUUCAAAAUUAACUUGAGGCCUUAUUUUACCUUUGAUUU